GUAGGUGAAGGUUAGGCUCUCUUCCCUUUGAUUUAGAUUAGAAAGAAGGCAAAAGAGUUCUAGCCUCGCUUCCUUCCCAAAGCGCCCUUUUUUUCCCCCAUUUCUUUUUUUGCAAGCGAAGCGAAGGCGGCGGAAAAGAAACAGCCAAGAGCCAACCUUGCACCGGGUUUUCUGUUUUUUUGCAACGCGGCUGCUGCUGCUGCUUUCACGGACGGCGAAGGAUGAGGUUCAGCGCGAUAGCGGGGCUGAGCGCCUUGUUGGUCUUUGGCUUCCAAGCCGUCUUCGCGCAACCAAUGGACAUCAGUCUACCCCCUGAAGACCAGGAUUCAUCUGGAGAUGACGAUGAUUCAUUUUCUGGUUUAUCAUCGGGUGCAGGCUCUCCGAUAGAGGAUGAAGUGAUUGCCUUCAAUGUCCCAUUACAAAAAAGCACAAAUACUUCUUUGAUGCCUGAAGUUUCUACCAGCUUGACAGAUACUCAAACAAAGUUUCAAGACGAUAGCCCUGAGGAAGAUUAUUCAAGGGCACCUAUCUCUACAGCAAGCAUACCUGGGGUUCCAGAUAUUGAUCUCAUAUCCAAGGAGCCACCAAUAACUCCCGGAGACUUUGACUCCGUUAUGGAGCCAACAGAACCUGCUGUGUUGACAACAAGCGUCCCAGGAGCGCAUCACGUUUCCACGACCAGAAUUACAACUUCUCGUGCGGCUAGCACAGUUAAUUUAAUUGAUAUUCAAGACAUAUCUAAUAUCGACGAAACACACUCGUUUGCCAUGGGGCCAGAAAGCGAGAGAAAUUUGAAUAGUGCCCUACCCACUAUAGUGUCUUCUACUGCUCUAAUGGAUAAUACUCCCCUACCUGAAAAUGAUAUCUUCCAAGAAUAUGGAUCUGGUGAUCAGGGAGAUUUUAUAUUUUCAACACAUGAUGAAAAUCAAAUGAAUGUAAAAGACGUUGCAACAGAAAAUAGGAUGGCCGAUACAGAAGCCAAGGAUGCAAAAUCUGAAGGAUUAAUGGACAGGAAAGAAGUACUAGGAGGAGUCAUCGCUGGUGGACUCGUAGGCUUACUAUUUGCUGGAUUCCUAGUUGCCUUCAUGCUAUAUAGAAUGAAGAAAAAAGAUGAAGGAAGUUACUCAUUGGAUGAGCCAAAGCAAUCGAACGGAGGCUAUCAAAAACCACACAAACAAGAAGAAUUCUAUGCAUGAGCACCCUGAGCGCAAAUUAAAGACCGUUUUCUUUUCUUAUUCCUGGACAUCAUGAGUUCUCGCUGCGUUUUAAAAGGGGGGAAAAAAGCCAUGAGACUGAAUCGUAAGGCUCUGCCUCCUUGCCAUUGGGAACUAUAAUUUCUCCAAAGUCAAUCGGGAUUUAAUAAAAAACCUUACCUGCUUUCU